CCUUUCUCCAACUCUCCCUCUCUUUAGAAUUCUCCCUUUCACACACCCUCUUCUUGGUUGGGCGUUGAAAUUUGGAAGAGCAAAGCUGAAGUAAGCUACAGUGACUUGCUGAAUUUUGUCUAGCUGAUAUCUCAGUGUAUACUAGAGUGGAUGACUUAAAUUUUGGAGAAACCAACGGGUGUUUUUGUGGUACAAAAUGUCUGGAGAUAAGCGGGCGAGUGGAUAUGUUAUAUCUGCUCCAGUCGUUCAUAAUAAUGCAAUGGGACUUCUCAAUGAUCAGAAAAGCGUUAUUGUCGAGGCUGUUAAUGCAGAAAAACAGUUGUGGCAGUUGAUUCAUUCCAAGGGUCCAAUGAACACUGAUGUUCAAGAGUUAUACCGCAAAGCUCGUUCAAGUUACGAGGAAAUCAUUGUGAAUGACCAUGAGUUAGCAGAACUUCAAGAUAUCGAAUAUUCCUUGUGGAAGCUUCAUUAUAAACACAUUGAUGAAUUUCGCAAUAGAAUAAGGAAAGCUUCUGUCCAAAGGAAAGGUGCAAACUUGGAGAAUGAGACUCUCCUUGAAGGACUGAAAUCCUUUGUGUCAGAAGCUACUGAUUUUUACCAAAAUUUGAUUGCAAAAAUCAGAAGAAGCUAUGGACUUCCGAAGGAUGUCUCGGUCAGCAGUGGCAUUGGUAUUUCUAGGUCCAUAGAAUCAGCGGACAUGGGAAGAUGCCAGUUUUCUUGCCACCGUUCUUUAGUUUUCCUUGGAGAUCUUGCUCGAUACAGGGAGCUAUAUGGAAAUCCUGAUGCUCAAGAUCGGAAGUGGUCAACUGCUGCCAGACACUACUUAGAUGCAUCACUGAUUUGGCCAGAUAGUGGCAACCCACAAAAUCAGUUGGCUGUUUUGGCAACAUAUCUUGGCGAUGAAUUCCUAGCUUUAUACCAUUGCACAAGAAGUCUCGCUGUUAAAGAACCUUUCCCUGAUGCUUGGAAUAACCUCAUUUUGCUUUUUGAGAAGAAUAGGUCAUAUGGGCUUUCUGACAAGGCCAUUUUCGAUUUUUCCAAACCAUCUAAAAGGAGCACAAUUCAAAAUACCACUGUAGAUGAUGUCUUGACUGAGCAGUUUGGUAUUUGGCCUCUCAUGGUUCGGGUGAUGGGCUUCUUCUAUGUCAAAUCAAGUUUGGAGGAGUUCCCUGGCAUAUUUGGUUCGUCCAUAAGCCAAUUGGAGACCUUAUUCUCUCUUGAUGAUGUCCAUGUGAAAACUUUUCUAGAGUCAUAUCAGUUGUUGGAUGGAGCAAGAAAAGGUCCUUUCCGAGGGUUACAACUUGUUUGUGUACUCAUUUUUACUGUUCAGACCCUACUUGAAUCAAAAAGCCAAAAGUCUAGCCAUGCUAAGUACAAGCUGCAACCUGCCUUGAUUCAGCGAGCAUUAGCUUCUGCUUACAUCAUUAUGGGUCGGAUAGUUGAAAGAUGUGUGAUGGGUAAUCCUCUAGAUCAUAGUUAUCUUUUACCAUCUAUAUUAGUAUUUGUUGAAUGGUUGGUAGAAUUUCUGGACAAACCGGAAAGCAGCGAGGCUGAUGAAAUACGUAUAAAUGCAGCAAGUUACUUCUUUGGGGUUUUUGUGAACUUUUUGAAUCAGUUAGAAAAUAUGGGUUGUGAAUUCAAGUCUCACGAUUUUGCAGCCCUUUGGGAAGAUCACGAGUUACGAGGGUUUUUACCUGUCAGUCAAUCCCAUGAAUGUUUAGAUUUUUCAACUGACAGAGAGUCGAGAAGAGAAUACGGUGACAAUCAUGAAUGUGAAGUUCGCAUAUCUCGCAUCCUUCUUGCUUCUAUGAAGAUUGUUAACAAACCAAGUGGAUCACAGAGCUUGAUCUUUUAUGAGAAAAUGGGAAGAAAAAUUUACGCUGCUGAGGCAAAGGAACUACAGUGCAAGAGAGACUUAGAAGCAAUUGAAGGGGUUUCUGAUUCCGUAGGAAGAGACUUGUUGCAUAACUCUCCACAAAAUAUUCAGUCACCAUGUGAACCAACAAAAGAAAGUGAAGUGAAAAGUAAGGAGGCUAUUAAAUAUAACCUUGAUGUGGAUAGAACAUCCACUCAUGUAGAGGAGGAAGAAGUCAUUCUCUUUAAGCCAAUUGUGAGAUAUAACUCUGCACCACUUCAAAAUCUUCUUGCUACAACUGAAAAAGUAGUUGCAUCUUCUGGUGAACCAUUGCAGCGAAACUCUUCAUUAAAUUUUCAAAGACAGAAAUAUGGUGAUCCUUCUGGUUUUCGUCAAAACCUAGGUGGUUCUAGGUUGAAAAAAAUAUCAUGGCAAGAACCUCUUACAGAGAGUUAUACUAUCACGGAUCCAGUCAUUGAACAGUUGGUAGAUUCAUCUAGAUUUGGAAUGGCAGGUGAUGAAAUAGGUGCAGUAUCAUCUACGGAAGGGCCUCCCUCCCUCAGCGGAUGGGUCCUUGAAAGAGAGAGUUUUGGCGUUAGUGGAGAGAAGGGUAAAUUUGAUCCAAGCAAGUAUGACUUGGGAAAAAACGAUUGCAUUGCUUCUGCAGGUGUAAGUAGUCUCUCCCUUGGAGAGGCUGCAAUAAGAGAUCAAGAUGCUAAGGUAACAUCUUCAUAUGCAUCACCUCAUUUUGUGUGCCGGUUUUCUUCGGAGGGUGACACUGCUGUUAAUGGGUUAAGUUCUUUUGCAACUACCCCCUAUUCAGCACCUCCCUUUCUCCCUCAACAGCCUUCUGCUCCAUUAUUGCCCGAUGAUGCACUUUGGUCUAGUAGUGAUUCGUCAAGUUAUUCCGAGUACAAGGAUUCAGAAGAAAUGAAAGAACAGUUUUUUGAGGCAUCACGGGUUAAUAAAUAUUCAAAUUUGCCAGGAGUACAGAAUUGUGCACCCACUUUUGAUCCUCUGACCAUUCCUAGGUUCAACUAUGAAGAUUCCACGUCAAGGUUUCAUCACUAUGAAGGAAAUUUUGGACAAGCCCAAGCUAGUAGCGAGCCAGUUCAACGCAAUCCACCGAGUAACCUUGGGAGGUUCCAGGACGAAGAUCUUUCAAGGUCGAGUCUUUUUGAUCGGUGGACGAAUGGUUUAACAUUUGAUCAGAAGGAAAAAUUGCGGGACCCCCAGUGGAAUCCAGGAUUUCAGAAAGUUUAUGGUAAUAGUGAUGAGCAUGAAAGGGAGAAGCUUUUUCAUGCCCAGCGAAGUCCCAAUCCUUACUGGGGUGGUGCUGCCAUGAAGUUGAAGUCUGAGCAGCAGUUGCUUCUACAAUAUCUGAAAGAGAAGAAGCUACGACUGCAGUUAGAGUCUCAAUUGAGAGCCAUUCAGAGGUGAUCUUAAACCGCCCAACAUCAAUGUUUUAUCUCUCAAAAAGCAUCUCAUAAGUAGAAAUGUAGAGUAGGAUUUACCAAUGAGUUGAGUUCUGUAUAUCCAGUAUACAUACCAAGGGUAAGGUAUGCAUUACGUAUUUGAUCUGUGAUAAUUUAUGAACUCAUGGAGGUUCUGCACAUGAUAAUAGACAGAUUGCUGCCUAACUGUCAGGUGUUACAGCUGUAUGUCUAUCUGUCUAUUACUACAGCUGUACCAUUCUUAUUUGGCCACUUGUCUACUUCUUGUAGGUUCCCUGUUGACUAAUCUGAUGGGUUCUUGUCAUCAGUAGAUACAUUAAAUGCUUCUCUAAUUCUUUUGUAUCAUGUAAUGAACAGACAGCUUUUUGUCUGACCCUUUUAGGGUUUCUCUGUAAUCUUUGAUUCAUUUCAUUUUCUUGUUUUUAAUCAAGAACAGUUUGUCUAAUAUGGUAUCAAUCGUGUUUCGAUCCUU